CGAUCGACCUUACAAGUGUAGGCGGAACGCGAAGUUCUGCCAGUGCGCCGAGCGAAAAAACUCCUCAGAUAGAGUAGCAGGAGCCGGAAAAGAAGAAGGUGCAAUAACGCAAACAGUCAGCAAAAGUAUGCUCGGGGAGUCGAAGCUCAGCGAGCACCUGUUCCUGAGCCCAAAGGUCCCGCAAGGACUGGCCGCGGCGGUGGAGGGCCUGACGAGGGAGGUCAUUCGCCACAGGCCCGAGAACAUCUACUCCUUCGCGGCUCACCACUUCGAGAAGCUCCUUCGGCUCCGCGAACAGUACGACGUCAACUGCGACACCGGCAACGACAAACAACGGACGACGAAGAACAACAGCCAACGGGUCCUGCGGGACAUCGACCAGGCGAUCAGGGAACAACGCCCGGUUGGCCCGCGCCGGCACCGUCACUCUUGCGCCGAAGCAGCGAGACACCGGCAGCAAUGCCCGACGAGCGGCUGGUCCCUCAACGAGACGGCAAAGGUGCUGGAGCGCCACCGGAGCAUCUUCGGGGACACGGGCCAGAAGAUCAGCACCGAGCAAGUGCGCGAGCUCGCCAACCGGUCCGACUCGAUCAUGUCCGGUUUGCCGAGGAGCAAAAAGACCACCGGCAGGCAAAGAUCGGCGAGUUUGGAGACCAACGUUGGCUGCCAAAAACUCCGAGGCUCCGAGGAGUCGUCACCGUCGUCACCACCGAAGAUCAUGUCGCAGAUUCCCCUGACUAAGGACAUAAAGACGGAGCUGAAGAAGCACCGGAGGAGCAACAAGACAACGGUCGACGAGAAGCGCCCGGUGCACGUGUCCAGUGGCAGUGGUACGGAUGGCAAAAGGAGGACGACCGAGAGGACGACAAUGACGACGACGACCACGACGAGAAGGACGAUGAGCACCGAGGAGAGCACGACCAAGAGGAGCCUCGAGAUCGUCCGUAGUGAGCGCCAGGGCAGGCGCUCGUCGUCCUCGCGCUCGACCGAGAGCGUCAGUAUAAGCAAAAAAAGGACCGACAUUGUCAUCGGGAAUUCACCGUCCUCCUCCUCCUCCUCCUCCUCCUCCUCGUCGUCCUCUCGGUCGUCACUACCAGCAGCUCAUCCGAUCAAACUUCCAUCGGCCAGCAGUCGGCCCUCGGGCAUGGAUCGCGCGAGAAACCAAGCCGUCCAGGGUUUGGCCGGGAUGUCGAGCCUCGAGGAGCUCCAGUCGCCGAGCUACGUCGAAAAGGUCCAGGAAGUCAUAAACGAGACCUCGGCGAUCAUCAAGGAAAAGGUCGAGGCGCUCAAGUCAGACUUUGCCAGGGCCACUGCGAAACAGCGCCCGUCCCCCGAGGGCCACCCGCGGGCCUCGUCGUCCGCCCCGCUCUCGCGCCAAUCGAGCAGGAACACGCCCACCAAGCCGCUACUGGUCGAAGGUGACCCCGAGCCGAAGAUCUCCUUGCCCGCGGUGAAGCCACCCUCCGCCAAGUCUUCGUCCUCGUCGUCGUCGUCGUCCUCGCGAAGCGUGUCGGCCCGCGGUGCCUCGGACGGCCUCGUGUUGCCGCCCAUCUCGCCAGAGUCGGCCAAGUCGGCCAAGACCAAGGCAGACGAGCUCGUUCUCCCGGCCCUCUCGCCCCCCCAGAGCUCCCCUGUGACCCCGGACUCCCUCAACUCGGACAUUGGGCCCAAGAACCACCUCUCGGCCAAGCUCAACGGGGCAGAGGAGGAGGAGGAGGAGGUGUUCCACGACAGCUUGAACGUGACGCCAGACCCGCUGGUGGACCACGACGACGAGCAGAGGCCGGACUCGCUCGAGCCACCCGAGACGUUGAAGGCCAAGUUGUUGGAGAUCCAGGACGCCCAGAAGCGCAUCGAGGGCGUCUUGUUGCAGGAGGACUGCAGAGCUGGCUCGGGCAUGCAGGACAAGCUCUUGGAGAUCCAAGAGUCCGAGAAGCGGAUAGAGCGGAUAUUGGAUGGUCAAGCGGCGGCGGUGGCAACUGGCGGGGACGGGAUCAGGCGGAAACUGGAGGAGCUGGAGGACGCGGGGCGAAGGAUCGAGACCAUCAUCGACGCGAAAAACGAGGAGGUGGGCGCCACGGCCACGAGGAUCGGCGCACCCCGGGAAGUUGAAGAACCGGGGGGUAAUAAGGAUGCGGGGGUGGAAGGUGGCAACGCUGACGAUGAAAACCGGGGGAUUCCAGUUCCCAAAGUCGAGAGAAGCAAGCUGGAGGAGGUAGAGGGACGUGGGAAGAGCGAGGAUGCUAGGCUGGUCUUGUCCCCGCAUUCGUACAUACUGACGGAGGGCUCGCCGUACGAGAUCCCGGACAACGUGACCACGGUGAUAAUACCCGACAGGGCCCCGAGCCCGGGUUCGGAGACGUCCUUGUCGCAGAUGCAGCUCGAAGAAGACGAGCGGGUGUACGCGACCCUCGUAUCAUCAUCGUCACCGCAACCAAUGACGGAGCUGCCGAUGCACGAGAGUUCGGGGGUCGAUGGGAACGCGGAGCGGGCUCGGCAAGACUUGGGCUUGAUACGGGAGGAAACCGCCCCAGAUUCGGAGGACGAGGAAGUGCUCAAGGUCGUGACGAGCUCUCUGGAGGAGAUCUUAGGGAACGGGGGCAACGAGGUCGAGUACGUGCAACCCGCGGAGUCGAUGGGGGACUCGGAUCGGUCAAGCGCGGUAUUCGACCAACUGAGCCUGCCGAUCGUCCCGGAGUUGAACUUGGACUCGCUCCCGGAUCUGACCGUCUCUUCGCUCGAGGCGGACCAUUGGAGGGACAGCGGCUGCAACAACGCACUGGGGGAACUGGUCGACUCGGAGCGCACAAAGUGCUCGUCCGCGAGCGUCGCCGAGGAGCUCUCGGGCCGAGGUGGUUCUGCCGUGGCGAAGAGUCGAGUGGUCGGCGAUCGGGACAGCGAAAAGAUCGGCGAGACUUUGGACGAAAAGAGCUGCGUCGGGAACGAGGAACAAUCGUUGGACUCGGCUCUGGAGGCUGGAGAAACGACGGUGGCCAAGAACUACGUCGAGGAAUCGCGAGCAACAGUCACGACUACCAGCAAUCGGUUGGUGACGGACGAAAAAGUAACAGCGACGAGCGCAAUGAACGAGGCUGUUGUCGCCAAAGCGCAAGAACGCGAGGGCGCGAAUAGCUCUGUUGUCAACGUGAACGAGCAAACGAUAAAAACAACGACGGAGAUCACUUUGCGGAUGGAAAACAACGAUAGCGAGAGAUCGGCCAAUUUGGAGUCACCAGCGAGCAAGUCAGAGGAACCGAGGGUGGAGGAGGAGGAGGAGGAGGAGGUGACGAGCCGCGGCUCUGGUAACGAAAACAAUGAGGACGAGGGGAAGGGUGUCAUCGAUGAUGCCAAUGAUCGGAACACCGAGCAAUUGGCCGAGGAUCAUCGCAUUUGCCGUCGCUGCAGCUCAUCGGGCUCGUGUCAAUGUACGGAGGAACAACAACAGCUCGACUCGAUUGAUCCGUCGAUUGAGACAAACGAUGCCGAUCGUGCGCAGGAAAAUCCGAGCGAAGAGACCGACGUUGGGCGAGAAGAGAGCCGAGGUGACGAGAGGAGGAGAAAGAUCGAGAGGCAGGCCACGUACGACAAAUCUUCCGAUGAUGGAACGCCUGAAAAUUUAGCCGCUUCUUCCUCGAGCAGCAGCUCUUUCUUAUCAGCGGUCACGAAAAUACAAGCUGGUAUUCGUGGAUUCCUGACGCGCCGUCGCCUAGUUAGUAGCACUCAAGCUCGCAGUUCCACGCUGAAUAGCGUUCCGUCUAUUCAGGAGAGCGAGCCUACGGUCGAGCAACUCGACGAGGACGUAGCAACGGUGAAAACCGACUCGGCGAGAUCCGGCCGGUCGGACGCGUCGAUACUGGACCUACUGACCGUCGUGGGCCUGACCAAGUCCGUGUCAGACCUGCAGAAAAAGUCCCGCCAGAGACUCACCCGCGAGAGCGCACUGGUGCAAGACAGCGCGACCACACCUGGAGUCCCGCUGGAAAAACCCUUCGCGGAGGGCAACAUCCAACACACCGGGGAGUUCCACGACUGCAUCGCCCUGCCGAUUUUCGACCUCGGGCUCAAGGUCGCUCCCGCGAUCGGGGCCAACGACGCCGAGGGGGCAACCAGCUCCGAUACCGAUUCCCAGGAGCCGUUGGGCCCCAAACCGAGCGUCGAGCAGCUGCUGAGCAAAAUUCUACUCGGGCCCAUGGUCGCCCCGGCCAGGCCGUUUGUCGACGUGGUGCUCCUCCCCGGGGACGCUCAGACCAUGAUGUUGCAGAGCAGCUACUUGAACUUUAUAACCAGCGUCGAGGACGUGUUCAACGAGGCCUCCGCCGGCCCGAGCAGCCCCAAGGGCGCCGUCAUCGAGGAAAUAACGAGUCUCGACGAGGAGGGGCUCAAAGCCACGGGCGAGUCGUCAAAUUCGGGGCGUAGCGACGAGACCCCCGUGGCUAGCGAGGCAGCAGAGUCGAGCGACGACCUGUUGUCCGACGAGCGGCGCAAGGUGGAUUCUUCGCAUACUCCCAAAAACAACAUCAACGAGUGUGAGGGUAUGUUGAGAAGCGUCGCCAAAAAAGAGGAGGAGGAGGUCAAAAGCUCGAAAGCUGCCUCUGAUGCUCGGCCGUUCGGUGAUGGAUCGACGGAAGGAGCGGUGACGCAAGUCGGUCGGGAUGAUUCUAAAAGUGGAGGCAAAGCCACGUCAACGAGGGAGACCGAGGAACAAUCGGAGCUACGGCAAGCGAGCGAGAAAACAACCGAUGAAAGUUAG